CCCCAGUCAGUAUGGGAAAGAGACACUUGCAGAGCGAGGACGCAGCCUUGAGGGCUCUAUAAUUAUCCGAAGCGAACUCGUUUGACUAUCAGGGAGGCGCCAUCUACACCAUGAAGCUGCUGGUUCUGUCUCUGUGUUUGUGCUGCUCCUUGGAAAUGCCCGUCCACCAAGAAGGCCGAGUCUCUGCGCCCGCGGGCAGCACCGCCACGCUGGGCUGCCGGGUGGACGGGGAGGAGAACCUCAGCAUCCAUUGGUUCAAGCAGCUGCCGGGCGCCGCGCCAACGUACGUUCUGAGCCACGGAAACGACUCUCGUGUCCAGCGGUCCAAAGCCUUCGGCGAGCGCUUCCAGCCAAUCAGAAGCGGCGGUGCUAACUUUCUGCAGAUCGCGCAGGUCACUACGCAUGACAGUGGCGUGUACUGGUGCCUACCAGAGAAAGAACACGUCUACCCCGUCUGGGGCAACGGAACGCACCUCAGUGUUUUUGGAGGUUGGGAUGUCUCAGCUCCCUCCGUGACUCUCCUAACCAGCGGACCACCUCGGGAAGACAUGUCCGUGUUCCACGUCCUGUGCUUGGUUUCCAAUUUCUACCCCCCGGUCAUCGAGGUGACUUGGAAGGUGGGCGGCCAAUCGACCCCCGGAGAAGGUACUUUAGGAGCCUCACCCUCGGGAGAAGAGAACUCCUACACCUUGGCCAGCGUCCUGGAGCUUCCAGCCCGCCGUGGCCUCAGCGUCUCGUGUGAAGUGCGCCACGACUCAUCCAGAACUCUGAUUUCCAAAGAUAUUCACGACUGUUAUCCGGACAUUUUAGAUUAAGCUACAAACAUGCGCAGGUCUCCGGUCCGUCGUCUCCUGGAGAUAAAAUACACCCUAUCGACGCCAAUAAAACGCGAUGAUCAAAGGUUA